AUGGCCGACCCAACAGCUUUCUACGAACCUGAAGAAGAUGAGCUUCUAUCAUCUUUAGCAGUACCUGUUCAAUCUUAUAACCCAGAUUCAGAAGCGGAUGAAUAUAGAAGAUUACAAGAGUUGGAGCAACAUGCAUAUGCUCAACAACAAAUGAUGGUUGCUGAACAAGAACAAGAACAGCUAGCUGCUUUGGAGCAAGUCCCAGAGGACGUAAAGAGGUUCCUCGUUUUAUUCCACCAAGCUAUCCUCGAGAAUGACCUUCCAACCAUCACCAACAUGUACGAAAGUGGAUGGAACAAGCUUUCUCAAGCUCAUUACGCUCAAAAUGAAUGGCCUGAAGCAGAAUUGAUUUCUCCUUUAGUACAGAAUGAUCAAGUAUUCUUAACCCUGUACAGAGAGCUUUACUUUAGACAUGUCUACGCCAAACUUCAACCUACCAUUGAUGAUCGAUUUCAAUCUUAUGAGAACAUCUGCGAGCUUUUCAAUUACCUUUUGAACUCUGAAGGACCCGUACCACUUGAUCUGCCCAUUCAGUGGUUAUGGGAUAUGCUCGAUGAAUUCGUUUAUCAAUUUUCAUCAUUCGCAUCAUGGCGUGCCAACCCCAAAAACAAGAAUGAAGAAGAAUUAGAAGCUUUAGCAGAAGCGCAACACAUCUGGUCAUGUUAUUCAGUCUUAAACGUCCUUUAUUCCCUCGUUCAAAAAUCCCAAAUCAACGAACAACUUAAGGCUGAAAAGGAAGGUAAAUCACCUGAAGAAGUAGCUGAAAUCGCUGGCGAAUAUGGAAGUAAACCACUUUAUAGAAAUUUGGGUUAUUUCUCUUUGAUCUGUUUGUUGAGAGUUCACGUCUUAUUGGGAGAUCCCACUUUGGCUCUCCAAACCAUGGAACACGUCGAUCUCUCAGGUGGUGCUUUCUUGACCCGUAUCACAGCUUGUCACGUUACGACCUAUUACCACGUCGGAUGUGCUUACAUGUCAUUGGGAAGAUGGCCAGAUGCCAUCAAGACCUUUAUCUCAGUAUUGAUCUUCUUCAUCAGGAUGAAGCAGUACCAUACUAGAUCGUAUCAAUAUGGAUCGAUCGCCAAACAGUGUGAGCGAAUGUACGCACUUCUCGCCAUCUGCACCACACUUUCGCCCGGACCUUCAGAUGAGAGUAUCAUGAGUAUCGUAAAGGAGCAUUACGCCGAUCAAUUGGCUAUAUUACAACGAGGAGGUGAUGAAGCUCUCGAAACCUUCAAAGACCUCUACCUCUCUGCUUCACCCAAAUACCUCAAUGUCAACCCUCCACCCUACGAAGAUCCCUCAGCGCUCGAAUCAUACCUUGCCAACCCACCUAUAGAUGCCACCCAACGAUUCCUCGAAUUAUUCCUUUCUGAUGUUGUCGCAGUAAGAGGAGUAAGCAAUGUAAGAAACCUGUUGAAACUGUAUACCUCCAUCGACGCUGCCAAAUUAGUCGCUUUCUCAGAAGGUGAACAAGAGGAAGAAGUAUUGCAGCAAUUGAUGGUACUCAAAGCUGCAAGCAGAACAUACGCUAAAGGUCAAGGAGAAGCUACCCUCUUGGACGGUGAGAGGAUAGUCACUAAUAACUUGGACUUUACGAUCGAUGGAUCAAUGGUACAUGUCGAGGAGACUACAUCUCACAGACGAUUUGCAGGAUUCUUCAUCCGAAACGCCGAACAUGCUCAAAGAGUAUACAACACUAUCCGAUCAUCACCUUUACCAAUCCAACGUAAACCUGCGUCAGCUGGUCAAACGGCCGCUGGUCAACAACAAGAAAAGAAUGAAUCUAAGAAAGUGGGCGGAGCUUGGAAACCUCAACGAGCAAGAGUAGCUGCCCAAUAG